UACUAAUAUUUUUUUCCAAUAAAUCUCUGUCGUCAGUCCCUUCAAAAUAACCGCUGCUAAACCCUCUCCCCUUUCCCCCCUGAUACCCUUCACCUCAUUUUUUUAUUUCGUGUUUUUUUUUUUUGGUUCUUAUUGCUUUCGUCACAGUUGGGGAACUAUUCAUUCUCUGAAACUGAUGGCAAGUGAAAGAAAUGGGCAUCUUUGAUUUUAGAAGGCAAGACGGUUUAUCCAAACAGUUUAAGGUUUCCCUAAACACAGCUCGAUGGAGAAUUCGCCUACCACGCUAGGCUCUAAAGGUUUAAUAAAUAAGCAUGAAUUUUUAAGAGUUAUAAUUCAAUGCUUAUACUCUCUUGGAUACAAAAAGUCUGCUUCUUGUUUGGAAAUAGAGUCCGGUGUUAGGUACAAAUCCAUAGAAUUUGAUUUGUUGGAAUCGCAAAUCCUUAGUGGCGAUUGGGAUGAUUGUAUUGAUACCUUGAAUAAAAUUAAGGACGUGAAGGAUGAUACACGAUCUUCAGUUUUGUUUCUUGUGUUCAAGCAGUGUUUUUUGGAGUAUUUGAAUCGAGGUGAUGAUUCUUUGGCUUUGUCAGUUUUGCAAAAACGGGUUCCCACUUUACAUAUGAGCAACGAAACAGUUCAUAAAUUAGCUUAUAAUAUACUUGCAUUGAAAGAGAUGGAAUUGGGUAAGCUAGAUGAAGAUGUUAUUAGUGAACUGCGAAAAAGGUUAGUGAUGGAGCUAGGGAAACAGCUUCCUCCGCCAAUUGUAUUGCCUGAGAGACGUUUGGAACAUCUAGUUGAAACUAGUGUAACAGCCCAAAUUGAUUCAUGUAUAUAUCAUAAUUCCCAGGACGCGGUCUUGCUUUAUGAAGAUCAUUGCUGCGGCAGAGAUCAGAUACCUACAGAAACAGUUCAGAUUUUGACUGAACAUAGCAAUGAAGUUUGGUUCAUUCAAUUUUCAAAUAAUGGAGAGUACUUAGCCUCUUCAUCAAGUGACUGUACAGCUAUUAUAUGGAAGGUCAUGGAUAAUGAUAAGCUGACAAUGAAACACGUGCUUAGAAGCCAUCAGAACCCUGUAUCCUUUGUGGCUUGGAGCCCGGACGAUACAAAGUUACUCACAUGUGGAAACUUGGAAGUUCUCAAGCUUUGGGAUGUAGAAACAGGCACUUGCAAGCAUACAUUUGGGGACCACGGCUUCACCGUUAGCUCAUGUGCUUGGUUUCCAGACUCAAAGCGAAUUGUUUGCGGCAGUUCCGACCCUGAAAAGGGCAUCUGCAUGUGGGACUGUGAUGGGAAUGAGAUGAAAGCUUGGAGGGGCAUGAGGAUGCCCAAGGUUUUGGAUCUUGCUGUUACAUCAGAUGGUGAAAACCUUAUCAGCAUAUUCUCUGACAAAGAAAUUCGGAUAUUAAAUUUGAGGACAAAUGCUGAGCAAGUAAUCUUUGAGGAGCAUUCAAUCACAUCUCUUUCAGUUUCCAUCGACAGUAAGUUCUUUAUUGUCAACCUAAAUAGCCAAGAGAUACAUUUGAGAGAUGUUGCCGGAAAAUGGGCAAAGCCCUUAAAGUACACAGGACACAAGCAAAACAAGUACGUCAUACGGUCCUGCUUUGGUGGUAUCAAUAGCAUGUUCAUUGCCAGUGGCAGUGAGAACACACAGGUGUAUAUCUGGAAUCGACAAAGCUCCACACCAAUUGAGGUAUUAUCUGGCCAUUCAAUGACGGUGAAUAGUGUCAGCUGGAACCCUAAACGGCCUCUGAUGUUGGCAUCAGCUAGUGACGAUCAUACAAUCCGUAUAUGGGGACCAAGCCAAAGCAAUAAGAUUCAACCAGCAGAGACUUCCACUUGAAAAAUAAAAGUUUGAAGCCAUUUGUCUAUACUGUAGCAGAUCAUCUGUUUCAUUCAAGAAAUUUUACAAAUUAGCAUAAAAAAUUGUUAGUUUGGUGGGUUUCCUGUUCUUUGCCCCCAGCCAAAUUUUGCUUGCACAGUUUUUAUUUUUGCUUUUCAUUUUUGUAAAUAUUUUAGCCCAUUUGUUUUUGUAACACUGCUUUUGUCUUUUUUCACAUGAUUUAACAUUCACAGUACAACUGUUUCAGUAUUUUAAUGGUGUUUGCCUUGACUUA